CUCAACACAGUUCUGAAAAGUUUUGACAAUCGACACUUUAAGCAUUUGACAUGGCGGGAAAAUUAAACAUCGCAGUAGCUGCGUUCUGUUUAAUAUAUCUUUUGGUUAAUGUUGAAAGUUCAUUUAUAAAGCCUAAUAAUGUGCCAAGAGUUGGUAGAAGUAACGAAGCUGAUGGUUUAUUCGAUCAGGGUAUGAUGGGAUACGUUAUAAAAACUAUUCCUAGCAAAAAUAUACCGCGGAUGGGCAGAAGAAAUUUUGACUCUACUAGUCGUUACGAUAUACCCAAGCUGUACCAGAUUUCCGAUGACGACACGCAAACUUAUGCAGAUAAUGGUGAGCAGGAGGUUGAACUUUAUCAAAACAAAUAAGACUCAUUCCAUGGAUGCUGCAUAACCUAAAAUCUAGUCAUAGUUUUUAAUUAUUAUUAUCACAAUAAAAAUUUCAU